AUGGCCCGUCGACCGAAACGGCUAUCUUCACCUGGUGCUUCAUCCUCUGUUCCAAGAACUCGCAGGUCACGCCAUUCUCUCUUCUUUGCUGGCCUUCCUGACUAUGUUGAUUCGGGUGACUGUACGUGUGUUUGCGAAUUUUGUGGCGCCUAUUUCUGGUAUGUUGAAAGGGCGCUCAAACUUUCUACGCCUGCUCAUCCGAAGUAUUAUCAUUGUUGUCGGGAUGGUGAUGUCGUUCUUCCUUAUCCUUCGAGAUUGAGGGCUUUUGGAGGUCUGACGGGAACGGAUUUAGAUCCUAAUAUUGUGCAGUAUCUGGUUACAUUCUUAGGGGCUAACAACGAGGAUGUAAAAACGUUUAAAACAGCAAAGACCAUGGCUGAGGAAAAUAAUUUAGAAAAUUAUAGUGUACGGCUGUUUAACAACGUUGUUGAUCGUAGGUAUGAAUUCCCUUCCCCUGGAUCCUUGGGAUGUAUAGUAACUGGUGAUGACACUACCAGGGCAGACCGCGUCAGAUAUGCAAUCCAAAAGGCAGAAUCGCCCCGCGCGUCCGCUUCCGUCACAGUGGAUAGCCAUCAUAACACACAUGGAGGUUCAGCGGUUACUCCUGUGAACGAGGUGCAGAAUUUUCUAGAUGGUCGCUAUAUCUGUCCCCACGAAGCAGCUUGGCGUAUCCUAAACUUUCACAUACAUCAUCGGUACCCGCCAGUUCAGAUCCUGUCUGUACAUGAGCAGAACAUGCAGCAAUUAUUAUUCAAGGAGGACAGCACAAUACCUCAAGUGCUGUCAAACCCAUUCAGCUCUGUCACCACACUUCUAGGUUGGUUUCGCAACAACAGGAGGGAUCCAAGUGGACAUGAACUUACAUAUCUAGAAUAUCCAAAGUCUUACAAAUGGGACAAGUCAUCUAAAUCCUGGGAGCCUAGAGUUGAUGACUCCUCAAAGAUGGAGAUGCCUGACAAUGACGACCCUCGGGACACAAGUUGGUUAGAAAUCCCUGACUCUCUUCUAAUAAAACCCGGAAAUGACUCCCUAAAUUCAUUAAUAAAUUUUGUAUAUGGAGAUGGUGUCCUUAAUAAUCCGACUGCGGUUGACCUUUCGGCAAGAGCUAUAGUUACGCCGACAAAUGAUGUUGCAGACAACAUAAAUACAACGGUUUUUGGGAUGGUGUCAUCGGAGGAGAGAACCUAUAAGAGUAUAGACAUUAUCCAACCAAUCGGCAAGCGUACAUCGGAUUUUGAGGGCCUCCGACCAAUGAGUAGCAUUUCUGAGCUAAAGACGGAUGGUAUUGGAGGCCCAUUACAAGUUAGAAUAGUACGUAAAUGGAGACACGGCGUAAGGCGCUAUGAAACCUGGUAUCUGGCUGUCGACAAAUUUGGUGAUGCCAUACAGAUUCUUGGUCAACGAACUAACCAGAGCUACAUCGAAUCUAUUCUCAACCUUUCGCACUACUAUACCAUCUCGGAUUAUAGCUGCCCCAUAACAGAUUCCGGACACACUGACAAUACCGAAAACUGGUUUCACUUUCUCUCAAAGCGACAACUCAUAGACCUUGGAGACACACCAUCUUAUUACCCAGACUACAUUGGUGUCCUCUCAAAAAUCAGAGACUGCGUGAAAGUGGGUGGUGAGUCAUACAUAUUGCUGAUUUUAACUGAUGAAAGUGGUAGUGAACUCGCGAUCAAUUUAUGGAAAGAGUGCAUAACCAAUCCACAGAAAUUCGAUCGCAACUCCUUGCAGCCACCGCCAGCAACAACAGUUGUCGCUGUCACUAACUUAAAGCCUUCCAUAUCUAACGGAUAUCUGCGUCACGGUUCAUCACAUGCUACCCAUGUCUAUGUCAACCCAGACAUACCAGAAACAACAUCGCUUAUAAACCUAUACACAGGUCCCUUGAGACCAAUGCCACCACUAGCAGGCACACCGUCUACCCUAGGUGACAUGAGAAAGAAAACCAGAUCUGAACUCCUGGAUAAGACAUUUCUGGUGCGCGCAUCAAUCAAAGACAUUCUCUUCCAAAAUAGUUGGUACCAGACAACAUGCACAAUAUGCAAAGAUCCCAUUUUCAGAAGGGGCGAAAAUUGGUUUUGUAGCGCACAUGGACAUAUCGACAAACCAAACUACAUAUACAAAUUGUCUGUUAUCAUCACUGAUGCAACAGACUCCAUACAAGCAGCCAUGUCGGAAACAUCAUGUCGCAAACUACUCGGAUCAAAUCUUGACAAAUUCAUAUCCGAGAACCCAAUGACGAAUCCAAACGUCCUGCCCAUAAACAUAACUAACGAGAGAGGAAAUACAAAAACAAUGUCCAUCCAAAUGAUAAGAGCUUCAACGUCAGAAAACAUACGGUUCAUAAUAAUUGACCAUGACCCACAAACAAGAAUGUCCGACACAUCAAUUCCAACAACACCAGCUCCAACCAAAACGACAAGGGUACGACAAAACAAUACAUCACCGGGAUCAUCUACAGAUAAUCAAAAUGUUGCACGUCCUCUAACUUAUGACCUUGCAGGUGCUACCCCAAAAGACAGUGAUAACCAGAUAAAGAAAUAA